ACCCGGUGGACCUCAGUGUAUGGAUGGGACGGAAAGGACUGAGUCGUGAGGCGAGAAAAAUAAGAUAUGUUAAUCUCAGCCGGGUGUCUUUUCGACAUUUUUACGGUACAGAUAAACUUACAUGGGACAAAAGACCUGGAGUUUGGGCCCAGCCGCUCAACCGAUCUCAACAUAACCUUCAACAUGGCGAGCCGUUCUCUUUCGAUAACCCAGUGUUUUCCAAGUUUGCCCUCUACUCGACGGUAGUACUGUCCAAGACGAUAUGCAUGUCCGAACUGACAACGUUAUAUAGAAUGCGGAAACAGGCGUAUGCCAAUGAAGAAGAUAUCGAACGGUUCGCCACAUCUAAGGAUACUGAGGUUACAACGUCAGACGCCAGUGUCGAGAGGGUCAGACGGUGCCACCUGAAUGAUCUCGAGAACGUCCUGCCGUUCGUACUGGUCGGGUUAAUGUACGUGUCUACGAAACCGGGAGUUGUCGAGGCGAGCCGAGUGUUUCAGGUAUUCACGGCAGCUCGCCUACUCCACACAGCGGCGUAUCUGAUACCCCUGCCGCAACCCAGCCGCGCUCUCACGUUCCUCACAGGCUAUGGAGUCACUUUCUUCAUGGCGUACAAGGUAUUCAAGGCUGUCUACUGAACAGGGACUAUGUCGUUUUGAUAAUCUUCUGGGGUCGAUUGUGUUCGUUCACCAGAUGUCGAGCUGCAUAUAGUAUCUGAAAUGAAGGAAUAUUAAAUAAUUACCAUGAACCGUUUGUGUCUUAAGAAAUACGUGUUUUGUGAAUCAUGUCCGUCUUACGAAACCAAUGUGAUAUACUCCCCCAGAUUGCUUUGUAAAUUGCCCGCGGCAAAAAAAAAGAUGUGUUGCGGUAGUGUAGUAAAACGUCUAUACACAAAGAACUUAAUUGAGGACCCCCUGAAAUUUUGCAAUGAUAGAUUUUCAACACGUAUAUAAAACGUCUCAUGGUGACCACGAUGGAAAAAACGUGGGUUUUUGUGACCCGUAUGAUCCCUUGACUCAUAAAUAACGACAUUUGAAAUGA